AUGCGAGACCUGCGAGGCGACGAGUUCGACUCCAACCAAAUCCUCGGCGGGGAGUGGACGCCCACAUUGAGCUGGACCCUGCCCACCACCCGCGUGGCCAACACCUCGCAGCACACCACCCUGCCCCGCGGCCACGCCGACGAGGAGGACAGCUUCGAGCCCGGCAACGUGCUGGGCGGCGAGUGGGACGCCCGGUCCUGCUCCCUGGCGAGCUAUGACGAUGUACUGGAGCACUUUUACUCGAUGAAGCACCCCAAGAAGAGCUCCAACUGA